AUGGUCUACAACAAAGAUGUCAAUUUUGCUAUAUGCAACCAUCUUAUUGUUGUCUGCUGCCAUGCCAUUUACACCGGAGGCUCACACCUUGGAGCCUCAGAGAAUGAGUGGCUGAUUGAGCCCUUCCAAAAGGGAGAGACACCCACAUUCAUCGAUCAUGUCAAAGCCGGAUUGAAAGCUCUUACAGAAGAUUCUCAUAGUUUGCUUGUGUUUUCUGGAGGACCUACCAAGAAGCCUAGAACUGAGCUCAGUGAAGGCCAAUCCUACCUUCUCAUGUAUAGUAACAUCCAGAAUCUGGCCGAAGAUAACGACUACUUCCAAGACAUCUCCACCAUCUCUGAAAUUGAUACAUCGAGAAUCAUUGCAGAAACCAACGCCACAGACUCGUACCAAAAUCUAUUGUUCUCUCUAAUACAGUUCCGGAUAUACACAGGCAUUUAUCCACAUAAAGUCACAGUCGUGACGCACGAGUUUAAACGUGCUCGAUUCAUGCAGUGCCACUUUCCAGCCGUGGGCCUCAUUCCUGUUGGCCUGAAACAGAAAGACUAUACGCACAAAGUUGCUGUGAUAGGCAUCAAUCCACCAGUAGAGGUCACUCCACCAGAGACCUUGACUCGAGGUGAGAAUAUGAAUGGGAUUGGGCUUUGGAGAGAAGAUCUUUACGGAGUGAACCCGGAGCUGGUAGGUAAAAGGGUGAGACGUGGAUGGUCCCCUGGGAUCGAAAAUGACAUGCUCUCCGAUCUGGAAAUGGAAGAUGUGGUGUUGGAUUUAAUCCAAUAUGAUGGGGGUGAUCAUUGCAAUAAGUGGUUUCCAAAGCGAGAGAGCUUGCCUUGGUCUUAUAAAAGACAUGAUACAACCAAGAGGCCUUGA